AUGGCCUCCCUGGACCUUCCCUACCGCUGCCCGCGCUGCGGGGAGCACAAACGCUUCCGGAGCCUCUCCUCCCUGCGGGCACACCUGGAGUACAACCACACCUACGAGACCCUCUACGUCCUCUCCAAAACCAACAGCAUCUGCGAUGCCGCCGCCGCCGUCUUCCCCUUGGCCGCCGACGGGGCCCUGCUGACACCGGCCGCUCGCCGGGACUAUUUUGAGAGCACGUCCUUCCAAGGCAAGGACCAACGCUUCUCCUGCGACCUGGUCCCCGCUGAGGAGCUGGAGCCAGCCCCUUCCUCCUCCUCCCCUUCUCCCCGUUACGUCCAUGAGAUCGAGAUCCCCCUGACGGAGAUCUUCGGACGGGGCAAAGCGGUGGCUCCGGCACCAGGUCCACCCGGUGCCAUGGACGCUGCCUACGAGGAGGGUUUGGCCCGCCUGAAAAUCCGAGCCUUGGAGAAGCUGGAGGUGGACAAGAGGCUGGAGAAGCUGACGGAGGAGGUGGAGCAGAAGAUCGCCUCUCAGGUGGGACGGCUCCAGGUGGAGUUGGACCGCAAGAGCUCGGAGCUGGAGAAGGCCAAGCAGGAGAGCCUGAGGCUGAGCCGGGAGAAGCAGGAGCUGGAGGACCGCGCCUCCGAGCUGUCCCGCCAGGUGGAUGUCAGCGUGGAGAUGUUGGCUUCCCUCAAGCAGGACCUGGUGCAGAAGGAGCAGGAGCUCACCCGCAAGCAACAGGAGGUGCUGCAGAUCGAUCAGUUCCUGAAGGAGACAGCUGCCCGGGAGGCCAACGCCAAGGUUCGCCUCCAGCACUUCAUUGAGGAGCUGCUGGACCGGGCGGACCGGGCCGAGAAGCAGCUCCAGAUCAUCAGCAGCAGCUGUGGCACAACCCCAAAUGGCAGCUUGGGACGCUGCGGCACGCCGGGCACCAAAGCCAUCUGCAGACCGGGACCUCCACGGGCACAGAGGGACCGGCACCCUGGUCCCGGAGCAGCCAUCCACGGUCCUUACGGAGUGUCCAACCAACGCUCCUCCUCCAGCACCGGGGCCUCGAGCCGGGCCAAAGCCGUGUCCCAAAGCUCGGGCUGCUACGACAGCGACAGCGCGGAGCCGUGUCCCACCGAGGAGGCCUCCGAGGGACCCCCCUACCCGGGUCGGGAGGCGGCGCGGGGCUCGGGGCUGCGGCGUCAGGCGAUCCAGAACUGGCACCGCCGACCCUACCGCAACAGCACCGAGGGGGAGGAAGGGGACAUCUCGGACGUGGGAUCCCGAACCACCGAAUCCGAAGCGGAGGGUUGGGAGUUGGAAGCGCCCGGGUCCUCCGCGUCCCGGCCCAGCUGCCGCCUGACGGCCAGGACCGAAGCUGCCGGGGGCAAAGUGGGGCGGCUGGAGAGGGGCAGCCCGGGCCAUUCCAGCGAGGUGAUCAGCCCCGAGGUGCUGAAGAUGCGGGCGGCUCUUUUCUGCAUCUUCACCUACCUGGACACCAAGACCCUGCUGCGGGCGGCCGAGGUGUGCAAGGACUGGAAGUUCGUGGCCCGGCACCCGGCCGUGUGGACACGGGUGCUGCUGGAGAACGCCAGGGUGUCCUCCAAGUUCCUGGCCAUGCUGUCUCAGUGGUGCACCCAGAUGCACUCCCUCACCCUCCAGAACCUCAAACCCCGACAGCGAGGGAAGAAGGAGAGCAAGGAGGAGUACAUGAAGAGCACACGGGGCUGCCUGGAAGCUGGGCUGGAGUCCUUGCUGAAGGCAACGGGCAGCAACCUCCUCAUCCUUCGGAUCUCCCACUGCCCCAACGUGCUGACCGACCGCUCCCUCUGGCUGGCCAGCUGCUACUGCAGGGCCCUGCAGGCUGUCACCUACAGGAGCUCCACGGACCCCGUGGGUCACGAAGUCAUCUGGGCCCUUGGAGCAGGUUGCAGGGAUAUCAUCUCCCUCCAGGUUGCACCUCUGCAUCCAUGCCAGCAGCCAACACGUUUCAGCAACCGCUGCCUUCAGAUGAUUGGAAGGUGCUGGCCCCACCUGAGGGCACUGGGCAUUGGAGGAGCAGGCUGUGGUGUCCAGGGACUGUCCUCCUUAGCUCGGAACUGCAUGAGGCUUCAGGUCCUGGAGCUGGACCACGUGGUGGAGAUCAACCAGGAGGUCGCAGCAGAGAUGUGUCGGGAGGGGCUGAAGGGGCUGGAGAUGCUGGUGCUGACCUCCACACCAGUCACCCCCAAAGCUCUGCUUCACUUCAACAGUGUGUGCCGGAACCUGAGGUCCAUUGUUGUGCAGGUGGGCAUUGUGGAUUAUUUCAAGGAACCACACAGCCCUGAAGCCAAGAAGAUGUUUGAAGAAAUGGUCAACAAACUCCAGGCCCUGAGGAAAAGACCUGGCUUCUCCAAGAUUUUACACAUCAAAGUGGAAGGAGGCUGUUAG